AUGGAUAUAAUAGGCGAUCAAAUAGUACCAUCGUCAAGCUUGUGGGUAAUGCAGUCACCAGAAUUAGAAUUUCGGCAUGAGCUAAUGGGGCGCAUAAAUAAAUUGGAAAGCGAUGUCGAGCUGGACGUUGUGCCGAUUAAUCAACAUCAUCCAUCAUCAAGUUCUCCGCUACCUCAGUCUGGGUUGGUUGGAUACGGGAGCCAAGGUUAUGAUCAUUACAGUAAGGAAUUCUUUUUUGGAAACAAACAUCGAGAUGCCCUGUGCGGGGAAUCCGACGAUUCAUUCCUGCGACCGCCCCUGUGGGAAGACAUUACCAGUUCGAUUCAGAACAUUGACCCGGAGAAUGCCAUCAUGUUGGGCACCAUGAAUGGUAUUCCCCAGGUCAAAACAGAGGCUGCAGAUGAUACCUUCCUAGAACCACUUUCCUCGCCGUUGUUGAGUCCGUUAGAGAUAAAAACUGAAAAAAACCACACAGUGCAUAACAACAACAACAACAACAACAACAAUAAUAAUAAUAAUAAUAAUAGCAUACACCAAAAUCAUCUUAUAGGCGAUAGUACUUGUAAUUCAAAUAACACUAGCAGUAGUAGUACUGGGAACAUAUUCCUACCUAAUAGUGAUUCAGCCUAUCUGCAUCAUUCGCAUUCUCAUUCAAAUCCGCUGACUCCUAGUCACCAUGUUCACGGUCAGCAACACAAUCUCAACGGCUAUAUGGGUUGCACCAACGGUAGUGGAAGUCUUCAAGGUUCCUCGGCAGGUCACCAUUCGCAGCAUCAUCCUCAUGGCCACCAGUUACAAGUUAACCAAAACAACAACUAUUACCAUUGGUCUCCACAUCAGCCCAGCACAGGCAGUAGUCAUGGGCCUGCCCAGAUAUAUCAUCCAAAGUAUCAAGGCUCAGCGAUCUGCACACCUAUAUCCAGGUUGAUGUACGUUCCACCUCUAACCCCACCAAACUCAGAUCCCGGGAGCCCGGGAACGACAUUGCAGAACCCACCUCGGAGAACUCCUCCGCCACCAUACCAUCCACAACAAGUGGCAUCUCUGACGGUUCAUUUAGGCGCAGGUAGCCAUCAACCGUCACAUCUACAUCACCAUCCGCAUCCAUCGACUGCUACAGCUUCUUCUGGCGGUGUACCUGUCGGAUCUCAACAACUUCAUUCCCAACUGCAACCUGGUCAAUCGCUUACAACUACAGCAGUGAACCAAAUUUCGUCCAAUCAGAUAGCAAUAGCGUCAAUAGCAAUUAACGGUAAUAGUUCGAACAGUAGUAGCGGUAUUAGUGCUAGUAAUAACAGCGUUAACAACAGUAGUGUUACUAAUAGUGCAACCAGUGCCACGGGAAGAAAACGGACCUCUCAACACAGCAUCAACAGUGUACUCAGCAGUGUUGGCGUGGUUAAACAUAUUGUUGGCCGGUAUAACCGACGGAACAAUCCCGAGUUGGAGAAGCGGCGGAUACAUCACUGUGAUUUCAUAGGUUGCACAAAAGUUUAUACCAAAAGUUCGCAUCUAAAAGCUCAUCAACGAAUUCAUACAGGCGAAAAACCGUACACCUGCCAGUGGCCAGAGUGCGAAUGGCGUUUUGCUCGAUCCGAUGAGCUGACGAGGCAUUAUCGCAAACACACAGGAGCCAAACCAUUCAAGUGCAUCGUCUGUGAGAGAAGCUUCGCCCGCAGUGACCAUCUAGCGCUGCAUAUGAAACGGCACUUACCAAAAAACAAAUGA